AUGCGCAACCUUGCCAUGUCGCUCAAGUCGCGCGCGGUCUCUGACCCGCUCACGCUCAAUGGCCUUCCGAUCGGCUUCAUCCCAGACGUCGGCUCGGACGGAGGCAAUGUACAGACCAUGGUGGGUAUCAACGGCCUUCUCGCGGGUCGUGGUCAAUCGUAUGCGUACGGUUUCUACGAUCAGACGCAGUAUGGCACUAUUUACAAUGGAGCCAAGCUGCUGGCGCAUGCAGCCGACAUCUACGCAUCGGGCGCGAUCCUGGAGGCAUCGAUCAUGCCCGUCGGGUCGUGGGGUGGCUACACACAGGUGGACAACUCACAGGCGCAGGCGGUGUGCAAGGUGAUGAAGAGGUUCACCGAUGCAGGCGUCGAGGUUCGCUUGAGAUUUGCGCACGAAGUCAACUACUACGUCACCACGGGCGAGUACGCCCCUGGAAACGAUAUGGGCGUCUCGGCGUUCAAGACGGCGUGGGCGCAGGUGAGCACUGCGUGCAAGUCGAUCGCCCCCGCUGUCAAGAUGUGGUACUGUCCAAAUGCUGCCAACUUGACAGUGUACGAGCAGUACCUGCCGGACAACUUUAACCAGACCGUCCAGAUGAUCGGCGUCGACUUCUAUCCGCCCUCGAACGAGCUAGCUACCGCUUCCAACUACAUCCAGACGGUCAAGCCGUUCCAUGACAAGUACUCGUCCAGCAGCGUACCGUUUGUGAUCGCCGAAGCUGGAACGCACGCGCAAGAUGCUACGAUUCAGGACCGUAUUGCGUGGCUGCGCGUACUUGCUUCUGACAGGGUCAAGACGUCGCUCCCAAAUCUGGAGAGCAUCACCUGGUAUAAUGCGCUGCGCAAGACGGACGUGCUGUCCAACGGCGUCGGUGGCGACUUCCGAAUCCUCGACCCGAACAAUGCCACCUUCCCGAACCAGUACGCACAAGACCUCUUCCCGCUCGUCCUCAACGCUCAAGCGUCCAUCUCGGCUCUAUCCGUCGCUACCGCUGCUACGGCUACCGCCACGUCUGUCGCGGCUACUAGCCUGCCUCCCUCGUUGAGAUCGGGUUCCUCCUCCUCAGCCUCACCGCGUCGUCACAUGCCCUCCAUCCCUGCACUCGCCCUAACAGCCCUGCUCGCCUUAAACGCCUUGAACGCCUUCUAUUAG